AUGCAGCUCCUCCCUCCUCUAGCCACACUAUCGGCCCGCGCACUCGUCACCCGUCUCCCCCCACGAGGGCUUGACACAGCCCCCGAUACGGCCGUCUCCUCCGUCGCGGCUCUCGUCCUCCUCCGCUGCCUCUGGGCAUUGGGCGCAGAGCUCGGCAUCACACGGAAGGACAAGCGACGAAAGGCCGCGGCAGACGGGCUAGGCGUUGGCCUCGGCGUGCUCCAGACAAUAUGCUGGGGCCUCGCGACGAGGCAUGUCGGCCCACUACGUCCGACCAUGAUCGUCUUCCUCUCCUCUUCGGCAGCCAACGCAUCGACAUUGACAUCACGCGCGGCGAGCGCAGCGGCUAUCGUCGCUGCCCUCACUUUCGUCACGGCGUUUGGGGAUGAGGUGACGGCCGGUUCUCUUGCAGCGCUCGCAGCCAUCUCCGGCGUCGCGGGGAAGCUGGGCGCCAAACGGAGGCGCGAUGAUGGGUGGGCCGUGCCAAUGCUGGCGGCGGCUGUGGCCGGCAGCGCCGUCAUCCUCGUCUUCUCGUCCCUCUCGCUCCCCCUCGGGGCCCUUUCCGCGGUCGCGGCGCUGGCAUCCUACCUUCCCCUCCAUGGGCUGACCUCGCUCGCCCUCCCUUCCCCCAGCGGGCUUGCGUACCUGGCCCUCGCGCAGAUGUUCGCUCUCCCGCCCCGUCCGCCGCUGGUGGACCUCGCGGCCGUCGUCCCAGCCGUCAUCCUCGCCCAGAAGCAGGCCAUCCCACUGAAUGGCUGGGCCUUCCCCCGGUCCACGCCGUCCGUCUCGACCGGCCCAAGGUUCUCCCUCCAUACUCCACUCGCCCUGCUGCCGGCAGCCUGGAGGCCACACCUCCUCACGGUGAUCCGCACGCCGGCGAGCCGACGCAUCUUCGGCUUCUUAUGCCUCAACCUCGCAUACAUGGGCGUGCAGAUGGCGUAUGGAAUUGCGACCAACUCCCUAGGCCUGAUUUCGGACGCCAUCCACAUGCUGUUCGACUGCCUCGGUAUCGGCGUCGGGCUAUGGGCAUCCGUCGCGGCCACAUGGAAGCCAGACGGGCAGUACACGUUUGGCUACUCGCGCGUCGAGACUUUGUCGGGAUUCAUCAACGGCUGCUUCCUCAUCCUCAUCUCGAUCUUCAUCAUCUUUGAGGCGAUCCAGCGUGUGCUGAACCCGCCCGAGAUGGAGACGCGCCAACUUCUCCUUGUCAAAUGGGGAGCAUUCUGA